AUGGCAGCCUGGCAUAUCGACGACAAUGGGGGCAAUAAGUGGAAGGUGGAGAGCUUACCUGUAGCCCGUGGGACAGACUUCCCGAGCCCCCAAGUCAGGAACUACUUCGUCACAUCCUACCGCCUCUGCCGCAAGUCCCAGGUGGUGAACCUCAAAGCCGAGGGCUACUGGGAGGAGCUGAUGGACGAGUACCGGCCUGACAUUGUGGUGACAGACUGGUUUGCCGCCAGAGCAGACUGCGGCUGCACCUACAGCAUCCGAGUGCAGCUGCUCUCGGCCGACUACAUCGUCUUGGCCUCCUUCGAGCCCCCACCCGUGACCAUCCCUCAGUGGAACGAUGCCACGUGGACAGAGGUCACCCACACUUUCUCGGACUACCCCCGGGGUGUCCGCCACAUCCUCUUCCAGCACGGGGGCAAAGACACCCAGUUCUGGGCAGGCGGGUACGGGCCGCGUGUCACCAACAGCAGCAUCGUCAUCAGCCCCAAGGUCACCAGGAACCCGGCGCCCUCCACGGGCCCGCACAGGCCCAGUUAG